AUGGCAAGCUCACACAACCAAGGACAAGUACACGGACACGGUCAAUACGAUGAGACCGCUGCCAAGCCCUCUAUCGGACAAAAGAUUGGAGGUGGUAUUGAAGAACUUGUCGGAAAAGCAACUCAUAACCCCGGUAAAAUAGCCGAAGGCGAAGCUAAGAAACAUGGUUAUGCCGGUCCACCAGGAGGUGCUCAAGGUUAUAACGAAACUCUACACAAAGGUGAAAAUCCAGGCGGUUUAGCUGGAGAACAUUCUAUCAACCCUUCCGCACACGGUAAUCACGGUCAACAUGAACCAAGUCGACAUGAAGGGUUCAACUCCAACUCUCAGUCUCACUCUGGUCCAGGUGCUCACCACCCAGGUGGUGUAGGAAACCAAUCGCCCUUCCCUCCUGGACAAGGGGAACCGGGAUUCGGUGGACAUCCUCAACAACAACAGUUUCAACAAGGUCAACAUUCCGGAUUAGGUGGAGGGUCCACUUCUAGAACUCAUGAAGGUAUUGGAGGUGGACCGGCGGGUCAUGAUUCUGGAUUACCCUUGGGUAGCAACGCUGGCGGACCGGGUCAUCAUGGACAUGGUGUAGGUGGAGUCGAACAUGGUUCAGGUAUCGGUGGACAUUCUGGGACAGGAUAUGGUUCUGGACAAGGUAUCGGUGGUGGACAUCACACUGGUACGGGUGUAGGUGGAGACAACGUUCAACCUCCUUUUGGUGGAAGUGAUAGGAGAUAUUAG